AUGAUAUAUAAAAUCGCGAUGUCUGACACCGAGCUGGAAGUACCUCCACCUCCAAGCCUAAAGAAUGCAAGUGAUGGGGACUGGUUAUGCGAAGAUUGUUCAAAUUUUAAUUUUGCCCGUAGGAGCACUUGUAAUAGAUGCGGAAAAAGUAAGUCUCAUAGCAUAGCUGCAAGUAAUAAACGUAAAUUAGGUACUGAAAUUGGUAAAGCUGCUGCUGAAAAAAGCAGGGGUCUCUUCAGUGCUGAUGAUUGGCAGUGUAAUAAAUGCGGUAAUGUAAACUGGGCGAGGCGGCAGUCUUGUAACGUUUGCAACGCUCCUAAGUUUGGAGAAGUUGAAGAAAGGACAGGCUUCGGCGGAGGUUAUAACGAUAGGGGUGUUGUAGAAUAUAAAGAACGAGAAGACUCUGAUGAUGACUAUGACGAGUUUGGUAGAAGGAAAAAGCGUCGCCAUAAUUCAGAAACGGAAGAUAGAGGUAAGAAAGAGAUUAGAAAGGAGAAAGCUUAUGAAGAAGAAGAGGAGGAAGAGGAAGAUGACGACGAAGAUCUAUCAAAAUAUGAUUUAUCUGACUGGGGAGAUGCAGGUACAGAUAAAAAUAAUGAUAAAUCAAAAUCUACAUCGCGAUCAAAUUCCCCUGUUAUUAAAAAAUAAACUAUUUUUACAAAAAUUAUGUUUAGGUAUGCAGGAAUAUAAAAUGCAUAAUCUGUUUUUAAAAUGUGUAACUGUUAAAAUAUCAAUAAGUUGUUUUAUAUGUGUUGACAGGUUAAAUAGGAAAAUAAGAUUUUUUUUGUAUAAUUUUUGUCAUUCAAUUGUAAAGUAAAGUGGGGGUAAAAAUGCAUCUUAAAUUAGGUCUUUAAUACCAGUUUUUAUUUAUUCUCUGAUGGAAUGAUUUGUUUCUGUAUGUAGGUUUCUGUAUAUACUUAAAUCCUAGGAAUUUUUCUUGUAAUUGGAGGAGCUUCUUCAACUUAUGAGAUUUACUAAUUUGAGCUGCUAAAACACUGAUAGGGUAUUCAGUAUUCACAAUUGAUCAUGGAGUUGUGGAUUGGAACCAAUAUACAUGUGAUGUUCGGUUGAAAGCUACUACCAGCAGCAGAGACAAAAAUUUGAAGUGAUCUUUUGUUUUCCUCAAAGGCCAAUCUAUUUAAAACCCAGUGAUGAUUUUUUGCUAUGC